AUGUUGUCUCUCUCCUUUCUCUCCCUUCUAAUCUGUUACGUCUCACCAUUAACAGCUCAAAAACAAAAAGAAGAACAGAAGCUCUCUUCCUUUUCCACCUUUGACUUGCCAUGGUCACCAUCCAUGAAUCAAACCCUUGUAUCCACUAACUCAACCUUUGCUGCUGGAUUCCGACCAUUACCCACCUCUCCAGACCUCUACAUCUUCGCCAUUUGGUUCCUAAAAGGCCUUGAUAAAACCAUUAUCUGGUCACUUAAUGGCACUAGUACUUCACCAGUAAACCAAUCUUCCUGUCUUGUCAUCACACCCGCCGGCAUUCUCCAACUCAACGAUUCAACUGGAAACAAUCUAUGGCAACCGACGGCGUUCGGAGAUCCUAAACAGACUAAACUAGUCCUCGGCGAAGAUGGUAACUUGGUGUUUGGCAAUUGGAGCAGCUUCAGCUAUCCAACCGAUACAAUUCUAUGCAACCAGACCAUCGAUGGCACAACCCUAGUCUCAAAGAAUGGAAAGUACAUGUUUAGAAACAAUCAAGACUUAGUUUUCAAUUCAUCCAAUGUUUACACCACAAUCACUCCGAUUGGCAUUCUGUACUCUAGUGGGACUCUCACCAUGAAAAAUAUUGCCUCUUCAUAUAUUAUGGCUGAUCUUGGAUCGGUUCGGUUGCGCCGAUUGACUCUUGAUAACGAUGGGAACCUGAGAGUUUAUAGUCUCCGUUCUCGUUCAGGAAACUGGAUGAUUGUUUGGCAAGCAAUACAAGAACUUUGUAGCAUUCAUGGCACCUGUGGUCCAAAUUACAUAUGUAUGACCGAUGGUUCCAAUUCUACUUUCUGUGUUUGCUCGUUGGGAUUUGAAGUGCGAACAGGGGUUGGUGGUGAGCAAAUCUGCGAAAGGAGAAUUCCACUAAUGCAAAAGGACAGCAAAUUUCUAAGGCUGGAUUUCGUUAACUUCACUGGUGGCCCAAACGAGGGAGACCUUCAAGCUCCCAAUUUCACUUCCUGCAAGAAUGGAUGUUUAGCCAACCCAAGUUGCGUUGCCUAUUCAGUCAAAUUCAAUGGAAAGAAAUUCUGUGUCCAACAUGAACGUCUCCUGUAUGGCUAUUGGUCUCCAGUGACGAGGCUCACAACGUUUCUUCGAAUCUCCAAUUCAGAAACAAAUAUUUCCAGCAACUUCACAGGCAUGACAACCAAGGUGAACACAAUCUGUUCUACUCUUAUUAGUCUUCCUCUACCACCUAACCACUCUAAAACCACAGCUAGGAACAUUGCCAUCCUCUCCACCGUCUUCUCUAUGGAGCUUAUCGUUCUUUGCCUCUCUGUUUGGGCUUUCGUUAAGAAAUACCUCAAAUACCAAGACAUGGCAUGGACGCUAGGCCUUGAACUCCUACCCUCUGGAGGCCCAAAAAGAUUCAGCUAUGCCGAGCUCAAAGCUGCCACAAAUAACUUCUCUAACAUUAUUGGGCAAGGUGGAUUUGGGAUUGUAUAUAAAGGCGAACUAUCCGAUCACCGGAGCAUUGCUGUGAAGUGCCUUAAGAAAGUCACCGGUGGAGAGACAGAAUUUUGGGGUGAGAUCAUAAUUAUUGCUCGAAUGCACCACCUCAACCUAGUCCGAAUUUGGGGUUUCUGUGUUGAGAAGGAUCAUAGAAUGUUGGUAUAUGAGUAUAUCCCAAAUGGGUCUCUUGCCAAAUACUUAUUCCCUGCCUACUCACCUGCAAUUACAGAGUCAUCAGGUCAGGGAAAGAGCAGCAGCAAUAGCAAUAGUAAUCUUACAGUGGAUACCCCAUUGAGGCCAUUACUGGAUUGGAACGUAAGAUACAGGAUUGCCCUUGGUAUUGCAAGGGCGAUUGCAUAUCUUCACGAGGAAUGUCUUGAGUGGGUUCUCCAUUGUGACAUUAAACCAGAGAACAUCCUUCUCGGAGAUGAUUUUUGUCCCAAGGUAUCAGAUUUUGGGCUAUCGAAGCUGACAAAGAAGGAAGACAAGGUGGCCAUGUCACGAAUUCACGGCACACGGGGAUACUUGGCACCAGAGUGGGUGACAAGGGAGCAACCAAUCACUGCAAAAGCUGAUGUGUAUAGCUUUGGAAUGGUGUUAUUAGAGAUUGUGAGUGGUAUUAGGAACUUUGAGUUCCGUCAAUCGUCAUUGAAUGGGAGUGAGGAAUGGUAUUUUCCGAGAUGGGCAUUUGAGAAGGUGUAUGAAGAGAGGAACGUGGUAGAUCUUUUGGAUAGACGGAUCAAUCAUUGUUAUGAGAGUGAGGUUCACUUUGAGUUGGUGGAUCGGAUGGUGAAGACUGCAAUGUGGUGCCUACAAGAUCAGCCCGAACAGAGGCCAUCAAUGGGGAAAGUGACCAAGAUGCUUGAUGGAACGGUGGAGAUCACAGAACCUGCGAAGCCAACCCUUUAUUACUUGGAAUGCGUGAUGACUGAACCCGAAAGAUAG